AUGCCUAAUUAUAUCCUGCUUGGUAACAAUUGGUUCUAUGGACGCAAUAACCAUGGAAUCCAGAUGUAUUUACCGGAAAUAGUAACAGAUGCGAAAAAUGCUUUUGUAAGAACCACCUUACGCAUUAAGGACCUCAGUUGGAAAGUUGAUACAACUAAAGCUAAAAAGAAGCCAAGGGUUAAUGUAUCUGUUAAUAAAAGAGAUAUUCAUGAUUUUUACAAAAUACUUCCUGGAAAAUCGAAAGAUUCACUACCCCACAGAUUAAAUAUCCCUGCAUCUUCUGGUUCAGAUACCUCCGAUUCGAUUACUUCGGACAGCAAUUCAGAUAGUUCUUCCACAUCUAGUUCGGAAAUAGAAGCUAUACAUAAGACCGAAGGUGUAAGGAAACGCCCUAUUCUAAAGCGUAAAGUAAAACGUAAAGUUAAUUAUCGGGCUUUAUAA